AUCUACAUAAUUCUGUGAAAGCAUUUGUCGAGCUAAGCAUCUCGCGCACGGAGAGAGCUCAAAUCUCCAGCAUGUGCGCGCGCGCUGAUGAAGAUUAAAGCGAUGAUGCUGGAACUACUGCGCCACCCGCAUGAACAUCAAAGGAUUGCAAGCACUCCGCGUAUUUAAAACCCUUUGCAAAGCAGGGGGGGAGAUACAGUGCGAACUGAACUGACUGAGUAAAAGUUCGCCCAGGAUUUUUGUUGUGAAAGGUAGGACAGAUACACGAAAACAUGGCAAACAAAGGACAACAGCCUCCGUACCUUCACCUGGCAGAGCUGACCGCAUCCCAGUUCUUGGAUAUCUGGAAACAUUUUGAUGCAGACGGAAAUGGCUACAUUGAGGGUAAGGAGCUUGAGAACUUCUUUAGUCAGCUGGAGAUUGCACGGAGAGGAGCAGGUGUGGACCCCUCAAAUGCUGUCUUUAAAGAUAAGAUGACAGAGUUCAUGCAGAAAUUCGACCAGAACAAAGACGGGCGAAUUGAGAUGUCAGAGUUGGCUCAGAUCUUGCCCACAGAAGAGAACUUCCUCCUCUGCUUCAGACAGUUUGUGGGAUCCAGCACUGAAUUUAUGGCAGCCUGGCGGACGUAUGACACAGACCGCAGUGGCUUCAUUGAGGCUAAUGAACUAAAGGGCUUUCUCUCUGAUCUGCUGAAAAAGGCAAACAGACACUAUGAUGACCAGAAAUUGAUGGAAUACACACAAACAAUACUCAAGAUGUUUGAUCUGAAUGGCGAUGGAAAACUGGGUCUGUCAGAAAUGGCCAGACUUCUGCCUGUUCAGGAAAAUUUCUUGUUGAAGUUUCAGGGUGUCAGGCUGACUACAGACCAAUUCAAUGCCAUCUUUACAUACUAUGACAAGGAUGGAAAUGGCUAUAUUGAUGAGCAGGAGCUGGAUUCUCUCCUGAGAGACCUUUAUGAGAAGAACAAUAAGGAUGUGGACACUAAGAGCCUGACUGGUUAUAAGCAAAGCAUCAUGGCACUGUCAGACGGAGGGAAACUGUACCGCACAGAGCUGGAGAUUGUUCUUUGUCGGGAGCCCAUGCUGUGAAUCGAGGCUUCCUGACCUCCAUCUCAGCUCUUUUCCAGCUGCCUGACUGUUACUUGUGUGCAUGUGCCAGGCACCACCCUCCCCCUCCUGUCCUCCUCUCUAAAUGAAUUCUGAAUGAGUGUGCACAGAAAAGCACAAAAUCUGUCCUCUCCUCUUCUUUCCUUUCCCUUCCCACAACCCAACCGCCACUGCUUUCCUUUGCCUACAAUGAUGGCCUCUGCUCAAUUUUUAAAAUAUAUAUUUAAAAAACAAAGACUCCUAUUGAAAGAGAAUCAGACUAAUGGUAUAAUAUAUGAUAUAUGAUAUAUUUCUUUGGAGUGCUUGGCUUCAAAUUCUUCUAGUUUUCUUCCCUUCUGUUUGGUUUCAUCUUCAGUUUGUUUUUGUCCUAAUUUAUUAUUUCAUUCCUACCCAAUUAUGUUUGGGUUUGUGGUGUGUUUUUGGCUGAUACUGUUAAGGAUGUAAUAGAGAGCAUUAAUAAAAGUUACG